GCAAAGGUUAUCAAGAGACUCGGUCACAGACAGAAGCAGACCACCCCUCCCUCCCUCCCUCCCUCCACAGGAGCUCCGCCGCACAUCAUCACAUCAUCUGACCGAGACGACCAGAAGACCGCGAGCCUCGCCACAUUCACGCGCGUUUCCGUCAUGGAUGUGCUGGGGAAGAAAGAGCGGAGACCACGGGAUGUGAGGGGCAUGUUGAAGAGGAACUGGAUCCUCAUAGCGACCAUCAGUGCGGUGAUACUGGGGAUCGCGCUGGGAGUUCUGGUGCGGGACUACACCUCUCUGUCCCAGCUGGAGAAGCAGUACUUUGGCUUCCCAGGAGAAAUCCUAAUGAGGAUGCUAAAGCUGGUCAUCCUGCCUCUCAUCGUCUCCAGCAUGAUAACAGGAGUGGCAGCGCUGGACUCCGAGGUGUCGGGAAGGAUCGGUCUUCGUGCGGUGGUUUAUUACCUCUCCACUACCAUCAUUGCUGUCAUUCUUGGAAUCUUUCUUGUGACGACGAUUAAACCCGGGGUGUCUCAGAGUGCUGAUAAUAUCGAGAGAGCAGGAAGCACUCCCAAUGUGACCACUGUGGACACCUUACUGGACCUGGUUAGGAAUAUGUUUCCUGAAAAUCUUGUGCAAGCCUGUUUUCAGCAGUAUAAGACACAGCGCAAAGAGAUUGAACCAUUGAAAACCAACACAAGCACAAGCAAUAUUUCUACAUUUCCACCGUUCACCACAAUUAUUUCAACAGUGGCACAGAAUUUGACCAAAGACUACAAGAUUGUGGGCUCAUAUUCAGAUGGCAUUAAUGUUCUCGGUCUGAUCGUAUUCUGUGUGACGUUCGGUCUGGUCAUCGGCAAGAUGGGAGAAAGGGGUCGAAUCCUGCUGGAGUUCUUUGAUGCUCUGAAUGAGGCUACCAUGAGACUUGUUCAGAUUAUUAUGUGUUACAUGCCUGUUGGCAUCUUGUUCCUGAUUGCUGCCAAGAUCAUGGAGGUGGACGACUGGGAGAUCUUCAGGAAGAUGGGCUUGUACAUGGUGACGGUGCUCAGCGGACUAGCCAUCCAUUCCAUAAUAUUCCUCCCACUGAUAUACUUUGUGUUUGUGAGGAAGAAUCCAUUCACUUUCACUCUGGGAAUGGCACAGGCCUUGCUGACUGCUCUCAUGAUUUCCUCAAGCUCAGCCACUCUGCCCGUCACGUUUCGAUGCGCAGAGGAGAACAACAGGAUCGACAAGAGAAUCACUCGCUUCGUUCUUCCAGUUGGUGCGACUAUCAACAUGGACGGCACUGCACUGUAUGAAGCUGUUGCUUCUAUAUUCAUAGCUCAGCUGAACAACUACGACCUGGACGCUGGCCAGAUUGUUACAAUUAGUAUCACGGCAACCGUCGCCAGCAUUGGUGCCGCAGGAGUUCCAAAUGCUGGACUGGUAACCAUGGUGAUAGUGCUCACAGCAGUGGGCCUUCCUGCCAGUGAUGUCACCCUCAUCAUCGCUGUCGAUUGGCUGCUCGAUCGCUUCCGUACCAUGAUCAACGUGCUGGGAGAUGCGUACGGCGCUGGAAUAGUCCAGAAGCUGUCGAAGCGAGAACUAGAGAGGAUGGACCUGAUUUCAGACGUGGAUGCGGUCAACCCCUUCGCCCUGGAGACCACGCUGGACGACGACGAGUGUGAGAAGAAAUCUUACGUCAACGGUGGCUUCACCAUCGACAAAAGCGAUGCUAUUUCUUUUACUGAGACCUCGCAGUUUUAGAGGCACGUGGCGCUCGCUUUUAAACAAGUGACAUCCAGAGAGGUAGGAGCCAUUCAUAAAACCAGUGCCAUGACUAGGAAGGAAAGCCAUUAGCGAGGACAUGAUUGAGCGCAAACAUUAGCAAUACCUGCCCUUGCGGUUCUCCUUCCUUCAUUUUCUCAACCUUGCUCUUGAACUUACGUGUCCGCUAGACUGAGAGGAAAAAUACGGAUGUGAGAAAACUGUGCUUCCAUAGCUCAUUAACAUAUUUUCCAUUAAUUAUGCAAAGCUGUUUUCUUUUAUUAACAACAGUUGUUUCCUUUGGUUUUGUACUAACGAAUAGCUUUUUAGCAGUAGGCGAUUUUCGUAUUUGUGUGUAUGAGUAGGAGCUUUGUGCAAUAUUGCGCAUCGGUUUGAAAGAAACUCAGCAGAUUUGUGUAACGUACGCAUGUUGCUAACUAGCCAAUGUUAUUAUACUCCAAAAACGCUGACUUUAAUGACUUUAAUUAAGGUUAUCAAAACUUCCGCGUUCACAUUUUUUCUUCGCAAAUCACGUUCAAGUUCCAAAUUCAGUAACGUGUGAAAUGUUUGCCAGUUCUGUAUUUGCACUUGCUUUUGAAAGCCAAAUGUUUAUGAGCUUUGCGUGUCUUUCAUUUCAGAUUUGUGCCAAAUUUAAUGUGUUGAUUUUUUAUACAAACGUUGCAUGUUAAGGAUUUAACGUGGAGUACUGAAAUAGCCUUUGGACUGAAAAUGAAAAUCAGAUCCUUUGUACACAAUUAUUUUGUCAUGAAAGUGGCAAGCUUUAAAGGUUUCUUCAGCAAGCCACCAAUUUAUUAUUUUACUUCUUCUGUUGUUGAAUUAGGGCUACUUUGAAGAAUAUUUUUAAAAGACCACACUGAUAAUGUUUUCCGUGCCAAAUUUCUGCCAUUGAGCCAUUUUUAACUUUAUUUUACAGUAUUUAAUUUUUUCAUACUAUGGGUUAUAUCAGUAAUGAGAGAAAACAAUCAAUGUGAAGCAUUAAUGGUCUGUGUUUGAGGUUCUGGAACUGAAAAAGCACCGUAAAGCACACCAUUGUACAACUGUAUUUAAACAGUACAGCAGUCAAAUUAGUCAUGCUGUAUGAUUCAGCAGGUACUGUAUGUGUAUCCACAAAAUAAUAAAGACAAGUAUGUCAACACCUGAAAAAAAUCCA